AUGGCAUUGUCAAGCGUUCUGGAUUCCGUGGCCGCUAUCACGACGCUCACUCUCAGAAUCACUGCGGUGAUCUUCACAAGAUUUCAUCCUCUGGGACGAAAGUAUCUCAACCGCAUCUACGGCAACUUUGUGCUUUACAUCGUUUACCUCAUUGCAAAACUCUUCCCGCGCAACUCUCAGUCUAAGCGCCGUCAUCCAAGUUUGCUGCUCCUAUGUGGGUGGGUUGACUCAAGACAGCCUCUUGCGAGCUCCGUUACAAUUUUGUUGAAUCUACUGUCUCUGGGCGCUGUUUGGGACUUUCUGUAUCGAAGUCAUUACUUACAUCAGAGCAACGACAUCUCAUUCUCUCGUGUGGGUUACGUCGACGAAACCUCAGCACACAUCGUUGCUCGUGCCCCAGUUGCGCCUGUCACGUACGUCGAAAUCAGACUUACUUCGGCGGAUGAAGAUGCAAAGCAGCCAAAGUCUCAGGUCAUCACAGUGACCGAGGCAAACGACUAUACCGGCACAUUCCUUUUUGAAGAACUCAAAGCCAAUACUGAGUACUAUUACAUUACUAAUGCAAGCCAUGCAGGCUCAUUCAAGACAGCAGCCAGAGACCCCAAGCGAUGGAGUCUAGUGUCGACUAGUUGCAUAAAGCCUUUUUACCCCUACAGCCCGGUGGAUCAUGGUCUCAGAAUCAAGGGGCUCGAAUACCUAGACCAAUAUCUCACGCAGAAGCCGGUCGAUAUGAUGCUUUUCCUCGGCGACUUCAUCUACAUCGACUUACCCAUCGCCCUCGGCUGGACUCCCGAGGACUACACCAGCGCCUACCGCCAGGUUUACGCUUCGCCAAGCUGGACGCCGGCACUGCGCUCCCUGCCAUGGCUCCAUCUCUACGACGAUCAUGAAAUCACCAACGACUGGGCCGCCAACGAGACAGGGUUGUACCAGUCCGCCAUGCAGCCAUUCUGGGCCUACCAGGGGCACGCGAACCCCUCGUCGCAGUUCGGCCUCGGCAAGACGCAUUACAUCUUCCGCAGGGGGGACAUCUCCUUCUUCGUCCUGGACACUCGACGAUACCGAUCUGCGGAAUCCAUGGACGACGGGCCCAGCAAGACGAUGCUUGGCUCCGCCCAGCUCGCGGAUCUCCAGGCGUGGCUGGCGUCCGAAAAAGCAUGGAAGGUCGUCGUGAGCAGCGUGCCCUUCACGCGAAAUUGGAGGGGACCCGAUUCGGCCGACAGCUGGUCCGGAUACCUCCACGAGCGGGAGCAGGUCUUAGACAUGAUGAGGUUGACCGAGGGAGUGGUUAUCUUGAGUGGGGAUCGCCAUGAACACGCGACGACAAUUUUCCCGCCUGGCGACAAGGGUGGGAAGGCGAUCAUAGAAUUUUCCACGUCCCCUCUAAACCAGUUCUACGAACCGUUCACUCGGUAUCACAGGCAGAUCGAGGACACGGACGUCUCUGUGCAUUCGCAUCCUUGGGGCAGCUCCAAGUUUGGCGUUGUUUCCUUCGACACUUCGGAAGAUGAUCGCUUGGUCGUGGACUACGACUUGGUGGUCCAAGGGCAGAAGACGUGGAAUUACACCUGGACUUAUCAGCGAUAG